GCUCCCCUCCUGCAGAGCUGUUUGCAUCUAGCGCUCAAGUGCAAUGAAUCUGGAGCGCAACGACAGACGGGAGCGUCCUUUGACUCGAGGGCCAGACAUGGAGGCUCGCACUGGGGGGAAAAUGGGGAAGAUAUCGGUGGGUUUCCAAAGGAGCUCCACCUCAGAUGACGACUCUGGAUGUGCGUUGGAGGAAUACGCCUGGGUGCCACCGGGACUCAGGCCAGAGCAGGUCCAGAUGUAUUUCUCCUGUCUGCCAGAAGACAAGGUGCCGUAUGUGAACAGUCCUGGAGAGAAGCACAGGAUCCGACAGCUCCUCUAUCAGCUGCCACCACAUGACAAUGAGGUGCGCUAUUGCCAUUCUCUGUCUGAGGAGGAAAAGAGGGAGCUCCAAAUGUUCAGCACCCAAAGAAAGAGGGAGGCAUUGGGGCGAGGGAUGCCCAAGAUCCUCCCCAGAGCUCUGCAACACACCCGCUGUGAAAACUGUCAUGGUGGCAUUAAUGGAGGGGAGAUGGCAAUUUUUGCCUCCAGAGCCGGCCCAAGUCCUUGCUGGCACCCAGCGUGCUUCGUGUGCGCCACAUGUCAAGAGCUCCUGGUGGAUCUCAUCUAUUUCUGUCAAAAUGGCAAAAUCUUAUGCGGAAGACACCAUGCAGAGCUCCUCAAACCACGAUGCUCCUCUUGUGACGAGAUCAUCCUCGCAGAUGAGUGCACAGAGGCAGAGGGCCGUCACUGGCACAUGAAGCACUUUGCCUGUUUUGAGUGUGGGACGAUGCUGGGUGGGCAGCGAUAUAUCAUGAAAAAUGGACGGCCCUAUUGCUGUGGGUGCUUUGAGUCACUAUAUGCAGAGUAUUGUGAGGCCUGUGGUGAAAACAUUGGUGUUGACCAUGCUCAAAUGACCUAUGAAGGUGUACACUGGCACGCCACAGACCAGUGCUUUUGUUGUGCUCAGUGUAAGACAUCCUUGCUGGGUUGUCCCUUCCUGCCCAAACAAGGCCGCAUCUAUUGCUCAAAGGCGUGCAGCCAGGGAGAAGACAUACAUGCUUCAGACUCGUCUGAUUCUGCAUUCCAGUCUGCCCGCUCACGUGAGUCACGGCGCAGUGUUCGUAUGGGGAAGAGCAGCCGACCUGCUGAGCAGUGGAGACAGUCACAGCUGUUAAAUCCUCCGCCUACCCAUCCAUCUUACGAGCAAAGAUUCAAGAAUGGUAAGGGGGACAGAGAUGUGGAUGGCGACAUUGAUAUCGUUGGACGUAAACUGAACCAAAUGGGCCUAGAGGAGGAGAGAUUUUGGAAGGAGCGGGAGGAGCAGGAUGCUGGUGGAGAGGAGGAUCCAGAGGAGUGGGCUCAGCACGAUGACUACAUGACUCAGCUGCUACUUAAAUUUGGUGACCGUGGGAUGCUACAUCAAUUUCAGCAGCAGUCUUUAAAAUCACCCAGUCUAACUAGUGAUACAAACAGGCUAAUAAGUGUUUCUGAUCCCUGGCUAAAGCCUGAUUCUACAGCUAUGGGGAUUAGCACCUCUUCUCCCACCCCUGCCAGUCCAACACAGAGUCAAAUUUCCAAUCAGUCCCGGGCCAACAGCCUUAGCCCUGGAUUGAUGGACAAUAAACACCUUCCGGAAAUGUACUGGGCCCAGUCACAAGAUGGCCUUGGAGAUUCAGCCUAUGGGAGCCACCCUGGUCCUGCCAGUGUCAGAAAGAUCCAAGAACUGGAGCUGGACCAAGAUCAGGAUCAGCCUGAACCAGGAAAACAGGUCUUCUGGUCAGACAGCAGGCAGUGGUACGAGGACUCCCUUGAGUGUAUUGCUGAUGAGCUGAGGAAGGUUGAGAAGGGUGUCGGAGACUCCAUGGAUUCCUUGGCUCUCUCCAAUAUCACUGGUGCAUCAGUAGAUGGUGAAAGCAAGGACACACCUAUGGUCUACACUCUUCAUGCCAUGCAGGAUUCCACGUUGACGGUUGACUGCGAGAAGAUGAGCAACAUGGGAACGUUUAACUCAUCUCAUCUUCACUACAGCGCCAACUCGCUCAAUCUCAGCAUGGAAAAGAGAGGUGAAGUGGAUGGUGAGAUUGGAAUGAGGGGAGGAACUGCAGGAGGACUUCUCUCAUUGUCUCCUCAUUCAGAAGGACUCCCUCCAUCCUUUGUUCAACCCCCAGCUCUCAGGAGGAGCAAGUCGCAAGCUAAGCCACCUCAGGUGGUUAAAUUUUCAGAAGACACUGUGGACAAUGGAUAUAAUGAUAGUUUAGAGGUCAGUAUUACAAAGCAUCCAAUGAGUGAGAAACCACAGAGAAGGGCAUACGGUCCAGAAGAGUUGGGCAGAGAAAGAAGCCGUUCAACAAGUCACCAUGGGCGCAGCAGGCAAACCCACCACCGGCCAGGCCGGCGCCAUCGUAGCCGCAAAACCCGUUCAGACAAUGCCCUUCACAUGGUGCCUAUGGAAAGGGCACAGAGACCAUUUGAACCUCAGCAGCAGGGCCUAGGAAACCCUCCAUGUAGUGCAAUGCACCUACAGCAUCCCUCACACAUCUUGCCUUUGGCUUAUUCCCAAAUUCGAUCUGAUUAUAUGCUUCGGAGCGCAACCAAAAAUGACCCACGGGUCGAACAUUUUAUGGGUCUCUACAGAGAUGAGGAUGACUGGUGUUCUACUUGUUCUUCUUCAUCAGACUCAGAGGAGGAAGGCUAUUUUUUAGGCCAACCAAUCCCUCAGCCUCGAGGUGUUGGGCACUACUAUGCAGAAGACUACCCAACCAGAGUCACAGCGCUGCCUUCCCUCAGCCAUCAUGGCCCACAGACUGGUCGCCGAAAGAGCCACAACUCCAAAAACUGUAUAAUUUCCUAACAUACCUUAGUUGUUUUUAUGUGUACAACACAAAGCAAUACUAUUGGGAUGGUUUCAAAUGGUCACAUCUGAUCUGAGAAAGGCAAACCAACUAUUAAAACCGCAAAGACAAAAAAAUUGCAAUAAAGUCGGAAAAUCCUUUACCUGUACUGACCUAGAUUUUGGGUAUUACUGAAUGAAGUUCAGCAUAAACAGGAUGAAUACCUAAGAGUUGGAGUUGUGUCCCUAAAGACGACCAUUGGAAAUGA